AUGGGCUUCCGCUUGGCUCUGGCAUGGACACUCCUGGUUGGGCCAUGGGUGCCCAUGGGAGCUCAGAACCCCAUUUCAUGGGAGGUGCAGCGAUUUGAUGGGUGGUACAACAACCUCAUGGAGCACAGAUGGGGCAGCAAAGGCUCCCGACUGCAGCGCCUCAUCCCAGCCAGCUAUGCAGUCGGUGUGUACCAGCCCUUCCAAGAGCCUCAUUUGCCCAACCCCCGGGCACUUAGCAACACAGCCAUGAGGGGCCCCGCAGGGCAGGCCUCCCUGCGAAACCACAUAGUGCUGGGAGUGUUCUUCGGCUACCACGUGCUCUCGGACCCGGUGAGCGUGGAAAAGCCUGGCUGCCCAGCCGAGUUCCUCAACAUCCACAUCCCGCCCGGAGACCCCGUGUUCGAUCGCGACCAGAGCGGGGACGUGGUGCUGCCCUUCCAGAGGAGCCGCUGGGACCCCGAGACCGGACAGAGCCCCAGCAACCCCCGGGACCUGACCAACGAGGCGACGGGCUGGCUGGACGGCAGCGCCAUCUAUGGCUCCUCGCACUCCUGGAGCGACGAGCUGCGCAGCUUCUCCGGUGGGCAGCUGGCGUCGGGGCCCGACCCCGCCUUCCCCCGGAACGCGCAGGACCCGCUGCGCAUGUGGACGGCGCCCGACCCCGCCACGGGACGGCGCGGGCCCCGGGGGCUGUACGCCUUCGGGGCGGAGCGAGGGAACCGCGAGCCCUUCCUGCAGGCGCUGGGCCUGCUCUGGUUCCGCUACCACAACCUGUGGGCGCAGAGGCUGGCCCGCCAGCACCCGCUCUGGGGGGACGAGGAGCUGUUCCAGCACGCGCGCAAGAGGGUCAUCGCCACCUACCAGAACAUCGCGAUGUAUGAGUGGCUGCCCAGCUUCCUGCAGCAAGCACCGCCGAAUACACAGUACCGCCCUUUCCUGGACCCCAGCAUCUCUCCGGAGUUCCUGGUGGCCUCUGAGCAAUUCUUCUCCACCAUGGUGCCCCCUGGCGUCUACAUGAGAAAUGCCAGCUGCCACUUCCAGGGAGUCAUCAAUAGGAACUCAAGUGUCUCCAGAGCUCUCCGGGUCUGCGAUAGCUACUGGAACCGAGAGCACCCAAACCUACAAAGAGCUGAAGAUGUGGACCCGCUGCUGGGCAUGGCCUCCCAGAUCGCUGAGUGAGAGGACCAUGUGGUGGUUGAGGAUGCAUGAGACUUGGUAUCUCAUCCCGAUUUCUUGCCUGGGCCACUGAAGUUUUUCCGCACAGACCACCUGGCCAGUUGCCUGCAGCCAGGCCGGGAUCUGGGCCUGCCCUCUUACACAAAGGCCAGGGCAACACUGGGCCUGCCUCCAGUUACCAGAUGGCAGGACGUCAACCCUGCACUCUUCCGGAGUGAUGGCACUGUAGAUAGGAAUCACCAGCUAUGCCAAAGUGCAGGCCGUGUGGUGAAUGUCUACCUCUUCUCCAUCAGCCCACUCAGCAUCCUUUCCUGCCUCUUACCUGGCCUCUUCCAUGACAACGGGUCUGAGUUCCCCCAGAAGUGUUACUGGUGGUUCUUCCAGACCAUGCCAGGUCUCACGGGGGUCAUGCUGCUCCUGGUUCUCGCCGUCAUGUACGUCUUCGCCUCCCACCACUUCCAGCGCCGCAGCUUCCGGGGCUUCUGGCUGACCCACCACCUCUACAUCCUGCUCUACGUGCUGCUCAUCAUCCAUGGCAGCUUCCCUCUGAUCCAGCUGCCCCGUUUCCACAUCUUCUACCUGGUCCCAGUACUUACCUACAUGGGGGACAAGCUGGUGAGCCUGAGCCGGAAGAAGGUGGAGAUCAGUGUGGUGAGGGCGGAGCUGCUGCCUUCAGGAGUGACCCGCCUUGAGUUCCAGCGGCCCCAAGGCUUUGAGUACAAGUCAGGACAGUGGGUGCGGAUCGCCUGCCUGGCUCUGGGGACCACAGAGUGCCACCCUUUCACCCUGACUUCUGCGCCCCACGAGGACACGCUUAGCCUGCACAUCCGGGCAGCAGGGCCCUGGACCACCCGCCUCAGGGAGAUCUACUCACCCCCGACGGGUGACAGCUAUGCCAAACAUCCAAAGCUGUGCCUCGAUGGACCAUUUGGAGAGGGCCACCAGGAGUGGUGUAAGUUUGAGGUGUCCAUGCUGGUGGGAGGGGGCAUUGGGGUCACCCCCUUUGCCUCCAUCCUCAAAGACAAGUCAUCGGUCAGCUGCCAAGUGUUCUGUAGGAAGAUCUACUUCAUCUGGGUGACACGGACCCAGCGGCAGUUUGAGUGGCUGGCUGACAUCAUCUGGGGGGUGGAGGAGAAUGACCACCAGGACCUGGUGUCCGUGCACAUCUACACCACCCAGCUGGCUGAGAAGUUUGACCUCAGGACCACCAUGCUGUACAUCUGUGAGCGGCACUUCCAGAAGGUGCUGAACCGGAGUCUGUUAACGGGCUUGCGCUCCAUCACCCACUGACCCCCCUUCGAACCCUUCUUCGACUCUCUGCAGGAGGUCCACCCAAAGGUCCAGAAGAUCGGGGUGUUUAGCUGUGACCCCCACGGCAUGACCAAGAAUGUGGAAAAGGCCUGUCAGCUCAUCAACAGGCAGGACGGGAUUCAUUUCUCCUACCAUCAUGAGAACUUCUAGGCCUCCUGCCCAGGGCCUCUGCCCACUGCCCAGCUGAGCAGAGGUUUGGCCCCAUACCUCACCUCUAGCUUUCCUGUUUCUGGCUCCCUCAGCCGUCUCCCCAUUCGCACCUCCCAACCUUGGUCCAGGUGGCCAUGGUUAGUCACCUCAUGCGGGUUCAGGGACUCCCAGGCCCAGAAGCUCUCAGCCUGGAGAAAUGCAAGGCACUGUGUGGGGACUAGAGGUUGGGAAGUAGGAGAGCUAUUAUUGCU